UGCUCCCUAAAAACCCGCAGCUGUGGGAGCUGCAGGCUGUCCCUCCUCAGCGGACAGCAGGGUUGGGUCAGCAUCCCCCCCGCCCGCGGCCCUGGCUCCUCCUGGCCGCCCGUGGGCGAGGGGCGGGCGGAAGGCAGCGAAUUACAGGAAAAAGUGUUGCUUGUGCCGAGUCUGGUAACUUCCCAUUUUGUACAUCCCUUCGCAGUCGUGGGGACGCAGAGGUCCUGGUUGAGUGAAACACCCGUUCUGCUGCGGAGUUACUGAAAAGGAAAUGUUCAUCUGCUUGAUUUGGAUGUUCGUCCUGCUCUGCAGCUCUAUAGCAGAUGAAAACUCUAUCAGAGAUGUGGACAUUUUUCCUUCAUCUCCUGAAAUUGAAAGAGGAUCCACCCUGAAACUGUUUUGUGUUCUUGGAAAACGCUACACACCUCACAGAAAUGCAAGCCAAAUAAUCUGGAAAUUAAAUCAUGAAUUGAUCGCUCAGGAAAACUAUAACAUUGUGAAUGAGACUGUAUCUAGUGUAACCAUCCAUAAUUUCACUUACAGCAAAGCUCAUGUGAAAUGUUUCACUAAGUACCUGGGGAAUGAACAACUUCUGGUUCACACUGAAGUUAAAUCUGGCUUUCCACCAGGCAUACCAAGAAAUAUUUCCUGCAUUUAUUACUUUGAUGUUGAACUUACCUGCACCUGGUCUUCAGGAAGAGAAACAAAUCUUAAAACAAAUUAUACUCUUUACCGAAAAAUGAUGACAGAAGGAAGGGUGACUCUUCUAAAUACCAUGGGCUCCUGCCAAAGCAAAACGGAAUCAUGUUCAUUUUAUUAUCCAGAUACUCCAUAUAGUAGUUCUUUUUGUUUCCAGGUGAAAGCUGAAAAUGUUUUGGGUGAAGCCUUAUCAGAUUGUGUUCCUAUACCUUUGGAAAAAAUAGAAAAAUUUCAACCUCCUGAAAUACUUUCAGUAAAAAAAAUCACUGGUAUAAAGCAGUUGCUUACGUUAACCUGGAAAAUGCCUGAGAAAAUUAUCCCUGCACAAGAUGUAACUUGCCAGGUUCACUACAAAAACUUGUAUUCAAACUCUUCGGAAUUUGUCACUGUCUCACUGAAUUCUGCAGAGAAAACAGGAUCAUGUAAUCUCACAGGUCUGUGGGACUCCACAGAAUAUUCAGUUGCCAUUCGGUGUAUAAGUGAUGUGUCAAUAUUCUGGAGUGAAUGGAGUAGCGUCAAAACGGCAAGCACAGAAGAGAAAGCCCCUUUAGAAAAAGUGGAUUUGUGGAGGGUAAUUGAGUCUUCGCACUCAGAUGGAAGUAGAUCUGUACAUCUUAUGUGGAAGCCAUUAAACAGCUUUCCACCUCCUGGGAGAAUUCUAGGCUACAAAAUUCAGUAUUUUCCAGAAAACAAUGUUGCACUUAAAAUUACUAACAACUCUACUGAUAAUAAAAUCAGUUUACUUUUAAAUGAAGAAGCAUAUAUAAUAUCUAUUACUGCCUAUAACUCUGCUGGAAAUUCUCCUGAAGCUAUUUUGAGGAUUCCAUCCACUGAUGAAAAAACUUUUCAGAAGAUUGAAGCAGUGAGGACCUUUACAACAAAUGAAGAAGUGGUUGUGGAAUGGAUAACCUCCAAACCAGAAGUAACUGAAUAUGUAGUUGAGUGGUAUCAGGAACUGGAGACAGAUCCUUUUGGUAGAUCGUGGCAAUAUAUAUCAAAUUCUACAAGCUGGAAAACUAGCAAAAAAAACUUUAAACCAUUUAUAUGCUAUAAUAUCUCCGUGUACCCUCUCUAUGGAAAUAAAGUAGCAGCUCCAUAUUCAAUACAAACUUAUGUUCAAGAAAAAAAGCCAUCAGAAGGACCUGUGGCUGAUACAGGCAUUCCAGGGAAAAAUGAAAUUAUAAUAAAAUGGAAGGAGAUUUCAAAGGAUAAAAGAAAUGGAUUUAUCAGUAACUAUACAAUAUUUUAUAAACCUGAAGAUGGAAAAGAAUUGAAUGAAACUGUGAACUCAGAUGUUCUGCAAUACAGACUGAAGUCCUUACAGGCUAAUACACAAUACACUGUCUAUAUCAUGGCAAGCAAUGAAGCUGGUGGAACCAGUGGAGAGCCAAAAACUUUCAAGACUUUGAAAUUCAAUAAAGAAGAUAUUAUUUUAAUUGCCCUACCCAUUGGAUUAAGCAUGUUCUUUCUGUUAGGCCUUUGGAUAACAUGCAUUUUGAAAAAGCAAGCGUUUAAAAAGGUAUGCUGGCCUGAUAUACCAAAUCCUGCAGGGAGCAUUGCAGUGGAGUGGCCUCUUCAUGUAUCUGUGAAUAAUUCAUUUUGGAAGGGAGUGACAUCUGAGGCUAAAACCAUGGACUUUGAAGACUUAAGUGUUUUGGAACAACCUUUUUCUGAAGAAAAUCAUGAAAAAUCACUACUAAUGAAUUGUGAAAACUGUGUUUCUAAAUGUACUGAUAUUAAUACAAAAGGUAUGAUUAUUGGAGAGAAAAAGAUACUGUAUGAAGAAGAAAAUGAAGUUCCUAAAUGUAUUUCACCGUCCAUGUCCUAUAUAAUUACUGAUCAAGAUAUCAGGAGUCAAAUGCAUUUGGCUUUGAUACCAGCAAAGGCAAUCCAAGCCAGAGGAACGCUGGGAGAUGAUGUAUGCGAAUCCCAACAGACAUCAAUUAAAAAUGAAGAAAAUUAUAAUGAAGAAGUUUUAAAGCUGGAAGAUUUCAGUGAAAAUGCGGUCUUCAAUCCAUACCUUAAAAAUUCUGUUAAGACAAGGGAAUUUCUUAUUUCCGAGAACUUGCCAGAACACAGAAAGAAUGAACCCAACAGCCAGUCAGCUGUAUCACCUCCUCUUCAAAAUAAUGUUGCAGGACAAUCCUAUUUAACACUGGACAUGUUCAGGCUGGCCACAGCUCAUUAGUGUGAGAAAACCUUCCCUGUAAAGUCCCGUUGUGAGAUGUAUCUUGGCACUGCUGCUCAUAUGUAUUUCUAGGUCCUAACCUGGCUAAUCUCAGUGAAUUUGGAUGGAAAACACUCCCUUCCUUUGAACAGCUGUGAAGUAAUUUUUUGCACUGUGUUUA